AUGAACCGAGGAGGACGUGGCGGCAGUCGAGGUCGUGGUGGAUUCGGCGGUCGUGGUGGAUUCAGUGGUCCGGUUGGCCCGCCGGACACCGUUCUGCCCAUGGGUGUUUUCGUGCAUCCUUGUGAAGGCGAAAUGGUCUGCAAAAGUGUGAACGAAAAGGUUCCCUACUUCAAUGCCCCCAUCUACCUCGAGAACAAGACCCAGAUCGGCAAGGUCGACGAAAUCCUUGGUCCCAUCAACGAAGUGUACUUCACCGUGAAGGUCCAGGAUGGCGUUGUCGCCACCUCGUUCAAGAAGGAUGACAAGGUUUUCAUCGCCCCCGACAAGCUUUUGCCACUAGAGCGAUUCCUGCCCAAGCCUAAGACUGCUGGCGGCAAAGGUACGGGCACUCAAAGGCCAUGUCCAUGGCGAAAGUCAUUUGGUCGAGCCUCCAUGAUGGACUGCGGCCAUCUCGCUGCCAUGUCAACGGGUUGA